AAGAUGGCGGACGGCUUGAAAGAAAGUGACUCAAUCAAGUUAAAACCAAGAGAAAAUAAGCAAUCGAAAAAGACAAAAGCAUCUGCUCGGGCUAAAAAAGAUGAAAAUCAAAGGUUAAAAGAGAUUGAAACCUCCAUUCGCUCUCAAGUCGCCGCAGAAAAGCGAGCCCAUGACGUGGUGGAGAGGCUAGUUCUAGAAGAUUUCAUCUCGGAAGACUUCCUCAUCAACUCGGGAAACUUGAUCACAACAAGCCAUUAUGCAGAUAUAGUAGAAGAGAGGAUGUUAUCCAAAAAGUGUGGUUACCCUUUAUGUAGAAAUCCUUUGAACCAGAUUCCAGCACAAAAAUACAAGAUCUUUUUAAAAACAAAUCGAGUUUAUGAUAUCACAGAAAGAAAGUGUUUUUGCUGCAACUUGUGUUAUAAAGCAUCAAAAUAUUUUGAGUCACAAAUCUCAGAUUCUCCAGUGUGGACACGGAUUGGUGAAAGCCCCAAGAUGUUUGUUUUGCUCAAGAAUGAAAACAACACCAGUAGGACUGGUUCUGGUGAAGUUCUUCUUGGAAAAGAUAAUAAACUAGAAAAUAUAAGUGACGGUAUGCAAGAUGAUCGCGUCAUGGAUCCUGAGAAAAGUGAAAAAAGUUUGUAUGGACUGGCGGCAGGCUAUAGUGGAGAAUUGUCGCAGGAGGAAGAUUCUCUAAUAACAUCACAAGAGAAUUCUUUUAUUCGCAAUGAGAACAAUCCACAAGGGAAUUUGUCAUUGUCCACAUCUUUUCUGGCAUGUAGAAAUGAAAAAUCAGGUGCAUUAGAUCAUUUGUUGGACAAAACAGAUCUAUUACUUGAAAAACCUGAACAGAUAUCAAAUGAACCUGACCUCCUACAGUGUCAUUCUCCUAAAUCGCAAAGGAAGGCGCAAGAUUUUAACAAGAGUGAGAGAAAUUUUCCCUCUGAGGGUGAAAGAAAGCUGGACUUUGUUAGGAAAUCACUGAACAGUGACACAGUAAUUCAAUCUGUCCAAGCUGUGUUCCAGGAAUGGUGCACACAUUCUACCUUUGAAUAUCUGGGACUCGCUGUAAAACCAAAAGUCGCGAGCGCCCCACCAGAAGCGAAAGACAAAGACCCAGAAUCCUUCACGACCAGGGCUAUUCAGUUCUUCCAAGCUGCCUUGAAUGACAGUGAAGAUUCAGACUUAGAAGCAGAUACUGACCUGGGUCCGAAAAUAACCAAAGAAAAUAUAGUGAUAAAAGAAAACAAACCUGCAAAUGAGGAUAGAAUUUGUAUUUUGCCUCCUAUCGACUCAAAAUCACAAGUUACCAUCAGAAGACGAAUUGUCUUGGAUAGAUUGUUUCGAACCAUGCCAGAUUUGUUGAGUGAAAUCAAGUUGACUGUGGGGGAAGUAUCACGUGACGUCACUCAGCUGGUUCACACCUUUAGUCUUAACAGUAAAAACAUCACCCUGAAGCCUCUGCAGUGGAGAAUUCUCUCCUUGGCGUUGAUUCUUAUACUCGAGAGGAAGAACUACCAUAUAGCACAAGCAUUGGAGUCUUCUAAGAACGACUUCGAAGUUUACCUCGCUCGUUUGGAAAUGACGCGGAAAGAUAUUGAACUUGUUUUUUCGCCGUUAUUUGAAAGGCAACGUUGCCGAGAUUUCAGUAGUGAGGUAGAAAGCAAUGAAGCAGUCGAGACAUGUGAAUCUAGAGAGGAGAAUCACAAAGUUUACGCUAAUGAAAGAGAAGGUUAUGGCGACAUGGAAGAAUUAGACUAAACGAGAUACAAGAUGCUGGAUUUCGGGAAACUCGUUUGAUUGUGGACGAAGUAGACUUGAAUAACAGACACCCAGAUUGAGAGGAGCGGUUCAAAAAAUUUUUUAAGAGGCAUUUAAUCAAAACAAUGAUUCUCGCAGGUGGACUGCAAUUUCAGAAAAGAGGCCUGAGGAAAAAUCAGGCCUCGACGGAAUUCGAACCCAUGUCUCCCACCUACCCUUUGGACGCAACUACCAACUGAGCUACAAAGCCACAGGCCACAGGGAAAGCCCGGCAAAUUUCAGAUUUUAAAGAGACUUAUAUUAAAGGAAUCCACCUUUUAGUAGUAUUUUCAUGGGUUUGGGUGACUUUAAAAUCUACCUUAUUUUCAUUCCAAAAAACUGAUUAUUAAAAAUGUCACAUAGAUCAAGUUUGUCGAUCGUAUUAGGUCAAUUUUCGUUCGCUCUUGUAGUUGUACUUCUGACCUCAAAAUCUUCAGGAGGUUAUCUUCAAUGUUUCUAUAUAAUCCUUAUUGUAUUCCUUUGACUCAUAAUAUUUAUUUUUCAUUUGAAAACAAUACUUUUGGAUAAGCACGUUCUCUCACAAACCUUAAUGGUGUCUCGGCAACAAUCCUUCUAACAAUCCUGUUUAAGCAACAGCGUUAUCGACAAUCGUUAAUUAAUUCCUGUCUGUGUAUUUGUAGCUAGCUGGUUUGCUGUUGAAUAUCAGUUACAAAUCCGAUUAUUGGUUUCCUGUGGAUACAGUUUUGCGAGAAGGUUUUUCUUCAAAGUUGUUUGGUUUCUUUUCCUCCCCCUCUACUUCUUCUACCAGCAAUUCGUCAAGGAGAAAUAAAGUUUUUGGAAUAUAGUCCAGGUCUUUCUGAUCAUCGUCGCUGCGAUCACCAACACUCUUAACAGGACUACACAGAGGCGUAGAACAUGUAGGUACAGACGGUAGGUUGAUGAUCUCACAUUGGACCUCGGCCUUAGUUGUAACAACUUUCACUAGUGUGUCUGUGUAAUGAAGAAAGCCAUCACGUUUAAUAAUGGGGACAGGUUUCA